AUGCCAAGAAAAGGUCUAGGUAUUAAAACUAAAAAGGCAAUUCAAAAAAAGCAAGAUAUUAAUAAAAAGGAUUUAGAUGAAAGUCAAAGCCAGUCUACGGAUAUUGAACGUAGAUCUAAACAACCAUUGAACACUACCCCAAUUCUAUCUAGUAAACAUAAUUCUGAAGCUGAAAGCUUUUCAUCCAAUAUUAGCAGCACUUCUGGCCAACAUGCUUCAGAAGUUAGUACCCAAGCAACCCAAGCAGCUAAUUCAGAUCCUGAUAAUGAUGUCUUUAAUAAAUCACAAUCUCAAUACACACAAUGCAUCCAACAUGCUUCAGAAGUUAGUACCCAAGCAACCCAAGCAGCCAAUAAUGAUGUCUUCAAUAAAUCACAAUCCCAAUGCACACAACGUGCUUCAGGAGUUAGUACCCAAGCAACCUAA